UUCCGUUCUGCCUGGAAAGAAAUAUCCACGUCUCCGUACAGACGUGACACGGAGCGCCCACUCGCGGCGUAUCCGGUGUACGUCCCUGCGAGCGGCCACUGCGCAGUCGGAGCUGCGCAGUCGCGCAGCAUUGAAUUACUCCGCGUCCGUGCAUCGCUCAUCAGUGUGGUGUCGUGUGCGUGCUUGUGCUUAAGCAGUGAAAACUGUUUCUCGCAGACGUAUCUCAUCAUUUCUCGUUUCGUCUCGUUACGUCUUGUCACGUCUCGUCUCGUCUCGUCGAUCCACCAUCGGCGUCGGUGGGUUUUUCGAGAACUACGUGCUCGCACAGUAUGGCGCAGCAGCGAUGGCGUUUUAUCGUUUUCACGACGGCGCAAGUGUCGCGCUGUCCAAUGAGGACGGUCUAGGCUGACAAGUAUCGCAGCACCGUGGAAGUGGAGAUGGGCAGGGAGCCGAAGUUCGUACGCAUACGUCGCGUCGUCGCGGUGGAGGUGGAAUUGUGUUGCUCCCCCGAAGGGGUCAGGCUCGCUUUUGCGUUACGUCGCACCGCUCGCGCGCGCCAGUUACACCGUGAGUGAGAGACGUGAGGUGAGGAGAUGUGAGGACGCCGCCGUGUCGCACGCGUUUCUCCUUUCGAUCGUAUACGACCGAGUUCAUCGUCGAGCGAAUACAUCUCGCGACAACGUGGAGCUCUUGGAAGAUGCUGGGAGACGAUCCACCGUACCUAGCGGUGGGUACAGAAGUAAGCGCUAAAUACAAGGGUGCCUUCUGCGAAGCUAAAAUCCGUAAGGUGGUGCGAUCGGUAAAGUGUCGUGUGACAUAUAAACAAGGUUUGGGCACUGCUACGGUCACCGACGACCAAUUAAAAGGGACUUUAAGAGUAGGUGCCUCUGUUGAAGCUAGGCAUGGAGAUCGGAAAGAAUUUGUGGAGGCGACUAUUACCAAAAUCCAAGACUGCAGUCAAUAUACUGUAGUCUUCGACGAUGGCGAUAUCACGACGUUGAGGCGAACUGCGCUCUGUCUAAAAAGUGGGCGACACUUCGCGGAGAGCGAAACAUUGGACCAGCUACCGCUGACUCAUCCAGAACACUUUAGCACCCCUGUGAUAGGAGGUAGAAGGGGUAGACGAUCAAGGCAAGCGCAGGACGAGAGCAGCGAAGAUGAGGACAGUCCGCCGCGGAACGCACGCGACUCCGGCUUCAUCGGAGGCGCGAAGGAGGGAAUGGAAACGGAGCCGGAGAUUGGCAGAGUGGUCUGUGUGGAGCUCGGUGACAAGAAGAAGAAGGACAAUUGGUUCCCAGGACUAGUCGUCGCGCCGACCGCCCAAGAUACCGUGAGGAUACGCGUGAGAGACGAUUACUUGGUGCGCUCUUUCAAGGAUGCGAGAUAUUACACAGUACCCAAGAAGGAGGCCACAGAAUUCACAAAGGAACUGGUCAAUAAAGUGGAGAACAGCACGUUAAAGGUUGCAGUCGAGAAGGCCCUUCUGUUCUUAGAGAAAAAUGAAUUGCCGCCUCAUUGGGACAGGGAUUCCCUGUUCGGCCAUUCCGUUUCUAGCGGGAACAGCGACUCCGACGGAGAGCUCGACUCGGAUAGUUCGGACGAUGAGCCACGCGAGGAAAAAGAUCACUUCGUGGCACAAUUGUACAAGUUUAUGGACGAUCGUGGCACGCCUAUCAAUAACUGUCCGAUGAUUGGAUCGGAAGACAUAGACCUUUACAGACUGUUCCGAGCGGUUUACAAAUUGGGCGGUUACAAUCGCGUCACAAAUCAGAACCAAUGGAAGACCAUAACUCGGCGGCUUAGCUUUGCGAUGCAGAACUCGUCGUCCACGCACAAUCUCGUGAAACAGGCUUACAAAAAAUUCCUGCACUCCUUCGAGGACUUUUAUCGAAAGUUAGGCUGCACCAUGGUGAAUCAUCCGCGCGGCAGUACGCGUAAACAACGGCCUGGAAGAAGUCUGAUUCGCGAUAAGGACAGAAAUACCCCGAUACCGCCGCAAGUCCCGGCAGUGAAGAAUGACAAGGAGGAAGACGAGAAGAAGACUGCGGAAGACGAGAAGAAAGAGAAGAAGGAGGUGAAGAAAGAACAGGUGAAGGAGGAAGAGAUUGUCAAGAUAAAGAAAAAGGAUGAGACGGAGGGCAGUGGAAGCGGUCAAGAGAGCGAUGUGAACGUAGAAGUUGAUACGACCGAAUCGUCGUCGAAUGCUAGUGAGAAGUUACAGAAAUCAGCCGCGUCAAAUUCCACGUUAACUUCCACCACAAACGCACCAUCCAGCCGAGCUAAGCCGAAGAGCAAAGAGGAGACUAAGAAGAAGACGGUUGAGAAGAAGAAAACUGAGAGCAAGAAGCAAGAGAAGAAGGACGACAAGCCGAAAGAAGAGGAAGCCACUAAAACGAGAUCCAAGGCGAAAGACGAUACCGUGAAAAACAAAGGCGCCACUGAAGGCAGAGAGACCCGAACUCCGUCCAGAGAAGCGGAGAAAAAAACUUUGUCCAAACAACGUCGUUUAACCGACGAGGAAUUAAAGAAACGCGGGAGGAAGCGCAAGGAGUACGAGACGGAGAAACUACGCACGGAGGAACUCAAUGAGGCUACCGUGCCCAGUUACAAAGGUCCUGUCGAGUUCGGCGACCGAUUAAAGGUUUACUACGGUCCGACGCACGAAUCCAAAGUCACGUACGAAGCGAAGGUGAUCGACAUAGAGAAGGGUAGCUUAUCGCCGAUGUAUCUCGUGCAUUACACCGGUUGGAACACCAGAUAUGACGAGUGGAUCAAGGCGUGCCGGAUUGCGCAGAAUUUCACGCAGACUCAAGGUAGAGUGAAACGUACCAAGACACCCCGGCCACAAACCCCAAGUACAAAUCUGUCUGCGAACAAUAAGGCAAAAGGUACUUGCAAUUCAACGGCCAAUGCGUCGCAGAGUCGUCGUCGGGCGCAGAGCGUCGCUCCUACAUCCACCAGCACCACCACGUCCACCACAUCCGCGAAGGAUGGUAAGAAGGAUGAAAAGGACAAAGAUAAGGAGACAACACCACAGCCGAUCCGGGCCAGUACACCGUUAUCGAUUGCUAGUUCCAGGACCAAGAGUCCCGCUACACCUGCUAACAACCGACAGACUAGAACAAGCAGAAACACAGAAUUGCCGGGCACGAUAGAGCAUCGAAGACGCACCAGACGAACGUCAGGCCACACAGACAUAUCCGUGGUAUCAGAGAGCGAAGGUAGCGACGGCUACGGCGACUCCGACACCACCGAGCCCGAGCAGACUAAGACCAGAUUGAGAGGCACGGAAGAGAGAAAGCGGAAGGAGGCACGAAGCCGAGUGGAAGAGAGAAUAAAGACGGAGGAUGCCAGCGAUGCCGAGGACGAGAAGGACAGUCUAGAGGAGCCACGCAAGGGCAGACGUUUGAGGAGGACACCCGGCAAGUCGCAAGGCAUAAAGUCUGAGCCUGACAGUGACGAGGAGCAACCUAAAGGUCGAGAUUUCGACCUCAACCAAAUACGAUCUGAACUCAAAGGUUUCGACAAAGCAGUGAAAAUGGAGUUGGUCAGGAUGGAACCGGAGCCAGAGGACGAGGUCAAGAUAGAAGAGAAGGAGAACGUCGCUACGAUCACCCGAGCGUCGCCCAAGUUGGACAAACUCUCUGAGACCUUGAAGGUGGAAACUGUCGAGCCAAAAGUUGAGAGCACGGAAGACAUUUACGAGUUCAAGGAGCCGGAACCGUUUGAAUUCGAGGUGAGAAACAAAAGAGACACGGCGAGCGGCGAGAAGGACAAGCUGAAGAAAAAGAUGUUCGAGGAUGAGCCUAAGAGCCCAAAGAAGAAGCAGAAAAUCACUCCGAUGUCUACGACGCCAGCGAGGGAGACGAAAACGGAAUCAGCGGAUGAUAACCGGGUGAAGAAGCCGAGGAAGCUAUUCACUAACAAAAGAUCUGACGAAGUAAAUGAAGCGCCACCGGUGACGGUUUCGCAAUCGCACUGCAAACCGUCUCCCCAACCGACGCUACCUUCUGCAUGCGAGGACGUGUUCGACAAGCUGUGUGAACCUCCGUCGUUCAAUCAGCAACUGAAGCCAGCAGCGAUCGUGGAGGAAUCAACUAAAGUAGCUUCUAGCGGCUUGAAUCUUCUAUUCAGCGAUCUACCAGCGGACGACGAAGUUACGCGCGACGACUCGGAGGACCGUCUGAUCAUAUCAGAAACUGAAGUGUCUGAAGCGGAACAGGACAAUACCUUCUCGUAUCAGCAGGAGGUCCAGUUCCAUAGUGCCGAAUUGCCGGAUACAACAGAGUCGAAUAAUAAGAGCGAAACGACGGUCGCCGGCAUGGUUGAAUACGCCAAAGAGGAAACCUCAACAACAAGCAAUAAACCAGCCGGCAAUAAUUCUUUGGAUCAGAAACAGAACAUCGUCAAGUUGUCGUCUGCCAGCGUGCAGUCGCAGUCGGAGCUGAGAAUUUUGGAUUCCUCGAAGUUACUCGACAUCGCUCCGAUAGCUCCUUUGCCGAUUGUGACACCUCCAGCGCCCAUAAGCGCGAGGUUGCCGGCGACAUCCACGAUCGAGGAGAAGUUAUCAGCAGCCGCAAUGGCAUUCCGUAACAAAACCAAAGAUAACAAGAAAACAACUGUAGACGAGGACGUCGUGGCCGAUGUGACAACGCGUAAGGUAAUCAAGGAAUCGUCCAAGAAACUGGAUAUGACGAUUCUGCAAAGAAUGAAAGAAGAUGAAAUGGACGAGCAGGAUAAGAAACGUGAGCAACAACAGCAGCAGCCACAACAGCAACAGCAACAGCAUGAUACUGCGAUAACGAAUGAAGAGGAGCAGCGUAGGGAGAUCAUGCGCGUGGUGAUCAAGCAGAAAGAGGAGGAAUUACAGCAGCUGAAGCUGAAGAAGGAAGCUGAACUGAAAAAGUUCACAGAAGCAAAGGCUGUUGUUAUUGAUCACAAGGCCAAGUUGCAGGAAGUCCCCAGGGACGACAGUUGGAAGAGUACGGAGAAGGAGGUAGGUAAACGACCUGAGGAAGAAUACAAGACGCUCGAGCAGACGGAGAAAGACAGAAUCGAAAGUCGUAAGAAGCAAGUGAAUCAGGAUAUCUUAGAUUCCACAGACAGCAGCGACUCAGAACAGAGACUCGUGAUCGACAACGAGGAGCCGCAGGAGCACAUAAAAACGCCGAGCGUGUCCAACUUUGAUAUGAAGCUACGAGCGGAGCUCGACCGUCUGCAGGACACACAAGAGAGAUACACGAGAAUGCAGACACCGAAAACCUCGCAGAGCAUUCAACAGCAGCAGCAACAACAGCAGCAGCAACAACAACAGCAAGAAUGCACGGAAGUCAAAGUGUCUGAUAUAGCGUCAUCUGUUUCGAAAACCGACGAAGAAGGUGAGACAAUGAACUCUCUGCUGUGUGAAGAAGAAAUACCUGGUUCACCGGCUCCUCCCGGGUCUGAGAGCAUCGAGCAAGCGAGUGCUGAUCCGGCAUGCACCUCACCGAAGAAUGAGGUCACCGAGAGCAGUAUAGUCCUGAUGGAGAUGCCGUUUGCAAGCGCGCCUACUUCUGGUCAAAAUACUACGUGCAGCAGCAGCACUGUCGCUACUCUCAGCAUGUCGUUGCCAAAGAUUGUUGAGACCUCGGUGCCGGUCCCCUUGCCAGUGCAACAAAAUGUGUCCUUGAACGUACGACAGCAGCAGCAUCAACAGCACCAACAACACCAGCAUCAACAACAGCAGCUUCAACAUCACCAGCAACAUCACCAGCAACAGCAUCAGCAGCAGCACAUGCCACCGGCACUGCUCCCACCGCAGCGACGAGAGAGCAACGAAGCCGCACCAGUGAUGGACAAUACACCGCCGACAACCCCUGACUCGAGUAUCUCCAAUAUCACUGGCUCGCCAAGGGAAGAGAGAACCGGUGGCUCAUCGCCGACUUCCGAGGACAACAUCAAACUGAAUCGAGACAGUUCAGAAGCCGACAACGAUAGUGCCGGUAAAGGGCCAGGUUUUAGCGAGGACGACACGUUACCCAACUCUGAGAACAUCUCCACGGAUAGAACGCUCAAGCCGCCGGCUAAACGCUCGAUCGGCGAUGACAUGCAGUCUUCGCCCAAGAAACGCAAGAGAAACCGGAAACACUCGGAAUGCAGCGGCAUAGUGGCGCCCAAAAAACCCGUUGCUAGACAGACCAACAGCAGGCACAGCGGUAGAUAUGGCGCGGGCAGUGAUAGCGAUGAUACCAGCGAAGGGUCGAACCUGUGUACUGUCAACACUACAUCCACUGCUCAUACAAACAUCGCCAGCGUCACCGACCUGGCUGCUACCUACUCAUCGAGAUCACCGAGACCGACGAAGUAUAACUUUUUUGUGGAACUGGAUCCUGAACUGGACGCCAGUCAGAGGAUAGCACUGUUGCAGCAAAAGUUAACCGAACUGAGGAAGACGUACAAUGCCGUGAAGGUUGAACUCGCCACCAUAGAGCGACGUCGGAAGAAGCUACGAAGACGGGAACGAGAAGGUGCUGGUCAACUAAAAAAUUUCGAGGAUUCUGAAUUACAAGCAUUAUUCAAUGAAAGCAUCACUCGAACGGAAAAACAAUUGGCUGAACAACUCAACGUCGAUAUAUCACAAAUUUCCGAAUGCCUACACGCCAUGGGAAAAAAUCAAAAGGAAGGAGAAGGGGUUUCACAUGAAUUUAAUGAAAUUGCCCUUGCAAAACGUUUCAAUAUCGCUAUACCUUUGCUUACCAGACUGAUGAAGAAAAAAGAUUUUUAUGACGAAUUGUAACUGGAGAUGAAAAGUGAAUUUAUUUUGAUAAUUCAAAGUGAAAAAAAUUAUAGGUUGAUCCAGGACAACAUUGACACCAAAACAGAACAUUCAUAGUCACAAAGCAAUGCUCUGUAUUUGGUGGAGUAUGGAAGGUGUGGUGUAUUAUGAGCUUCUAAAACUGAAUGAAACAGUUACGGGGGAGCGGUAC